CGUAAGAUUUGAUGGGACGGAGAAUCUAAAAUUUUUAACAACAUUUUUUGGAACUAAACAAGGCCACAGACCAAAGCACAUGACGCUAGUACACAACAAAUGUGAACUGCGAAGCACGCGUGCUUCCCCUGUAAAUCCAGGCAGGUAGACGGGGUCGCGUUUCCCCUGUAACCCGCACCCUUAGCAGCCUGCCAGCUGUGCACACGUUUUAGGAUUGAUUGAGAUUCCGCGGGGUAUGCUCUGCCCCGGCGCGGUGGCAACUCGCAGCCGCAGCUGGGCACCGUCGCCACGGGCGGCGAUGUGCAAGCCCAGGGCCGGCUCCGACACGCUGGCGUCGCAGCCCGCGGCGACACCUUCUCACCGCCGCUCCUCCUCCUCCGCCUCCGCCAAGCGCCGUCCCGCCGCGACUGGGAUCUCCUCUUCCUCCCCCUCCACGUCCUACUCGGGGGCAGAGCCAUCCGGCGCCGGCACGGGCACGGGCACGGGCACGGCCAGCGCGCAGCGGCGCGGCACCACCUCGUCGUCCUCCACCUCCUCCGCGUCCUCCGGCCGCGCCUCCCUCGCCGCGGCGCGCGCCUCGCUCCCGGACCCGCCUGUCCUCUACCCGUUCCAGGAGCUCGCCGCCGCUACCAACAGCUUCCUCGCCAAGCGCGCAGGCGGGGCCGCCUCCACCGCCGCCUACUGGCGCUGCUCCCUCCGCGGCCGCGACGCGGCCCUUUUCCAGCUCCAGCGCCGGCCCGGCGCCGCGGCCGUGGACGCCGCCGCGCUUGCCAGGAUCGGCAGGUACCACCACACCAGCCUCGCACGCCUGCUGGGCGCGUGUCCCGCAGGCGCGCACCUCUACCUCGCCUACGAGCUCCCGCCGGGCGCCGCCACGCUGGCGGCGUGCCUCCGCAGCCCGCGCAACCCGAGCUUCACGGCCCUCCGCACCUGGGUCUCUCGCGUCCAGGUCGCCGCCGACGUCGCGCAGGGGCUCGAGUACGUCCACCACCACGCAGGCGCCGUCCACGGCCGCGUCUCGGCCUCCGCCGUGAUCGUGUCCGACCCGGGCCUCCGCGCGCGGCUCACCCACUUCGGCGCGGCCGAAUUGGCGGCCCCCGCCGACGCCCGUGAGGUCGGCGACUCCCCCUACGCGGACCCGGGCACGAGCGAGCCCUCGCGUGAGGCGGAUAUAUACGCCUUCGGGGUGCUGCUGCUGGAGUUGCUCUCCGGGGAGGAGCCGGCGAGGUACCGCUUCGACAGGGGCACCAAGGAGUUCCAGCGGGUGUCGGUCCUCGAGACGGCCGCGGCGGCGGCGGCGGCGGAAGGCGGCGUGAGGAAUUGGGUGGACAGGAGGCUAGGGGACUCGUUCCCAGUGUCGGCCGCGGAGAGGCUGGUGGAGGUGGCGCUCCGGUGCGCAGCGGGGGAGGAUCGGCCGGACAUGACGUGGGUCGCGGGGAAGGUGUCCAAGGUGUAUCUGGAGUCCCGGGUGUGGGCGCAGAAGCUUCAAGUGCCCACCGAAUUCUCCGUGUCGGUGGCGCCACGGUGAACCGAAGCGCCGGCACGCACCGACAUCGCCGGCGGUAAGAAUUGCGAUUUUUUUAGGUGGUAGGAGUAGAUUGGUAGUAGUGGGCUAGUGGCCAGUGCGGUUGGGGAAGGUAGGCAAACCAAAAUUUGUUGAAAGAUAUUGAAAUUCUUGUGACAUUUCAAUAUUUCCAACAAAAUGUCUUCGUUUUGAUGUAGAACAUUAACGUCGCCGCCCAGGCGCCCAUAAUUGAGUUUCUAUCGCCACACUGAAGGUUUUGUGCGCACUUUCUGCGUUCAUACAAUUGCAAUAGAACAAAGAAAAAUAGUACAGGUUAAAA